UCUCUCACCGUCUCUCUCUCUCUCUCUCUCUCUCUCUCCGCGUCUUCUCUCUUUCUACAAUCAAAUUGCAGUAAGAUAAACAAUAUCUCCUCAAUUUCUCUAUCUAGGGUUUGAAGCACCCUCCUCUCUCGAUCUGCUUCAGUUUCCUUCUGUCAAUGCCUAUGCUGGUUUGGGAAUGAGUAUUCUGGCAAUGCUGAGAACAAACUUACUAAGAUGAGCGAGACAGACUCUUCCGGAAUGAGGCAUAACCAGCAGCCUAUUCCGCUUGGGACUUUAAUUGGCCGUGAGUUGAGAAAUGUCAAGUUAGAGAAGCCGAUGGUGAAGUGUGGGCAAGCUGCCCUGGCGAAGAAGGGAGAGGACUAUUUUUUGAUCAAACCUGAUUGCCAAAGAGUUCCUGGCGAUCCAUCUACAUCAUUUUCUGUUUUUGCGAUUUUCGACGGGCAUAAUGGUAUAUCAGCUGCAAUAUUUGCUAAAGAGAAUUUGCUGAACAAUGUCUUGAGUGCUAUACCUCGUGAACUGGGCAGGGAGGAAUGGCUGCAAGCCCUACCCAAGGCAUUGGUUGCAGGGUUCGUUAAAACUGACAUAGAUUUUCAGCGGAGAGGAGAGACUUCUGGAACAACGGUUACUUUUGUCGUUAUUGAUGGUUGGACUGUGACUGUUGCAUCUGUUGGAGAUUCUCGGUGCAUAUUGGAUACACAAGGGGGUGUCGUGUCACUGUUAACCGUUGACCAUCGGCUGGAGGAGAAUGUCGAAGAACGGGAGCGCGUUACUGCAAGUGGUGGUGAAGUAGGAAGGCUCAAUGUUUUUGGAGGCAGUGAAGUGGGCCCAUUGCGCUGCUGGCCUGGGGGAUUGUGCCUUUCACGGUCCAUUGGUGAUACGGAUGUGGGCGAGUUUAUCGUCCCAAUUCCCCAUGUUAAACAAGUCAAGCUUUCUAAUGCUGGGGGAAGACUCAUUGUUGCCUCUGAUGGUAUUUGGGAUGCACUGUCAUCUGAAAGUGCCGCUCAGGCUUGUCGGGGGUUGCCCGCUGAUCUUGCUGCAAAGUUGGUUGUUAAGGAGGCUCUUCGAUCACGAGGGUUGAAGGAUGAUACAACAUGCUUGGUUGUUGACAUUAUUCCUUAUGACCAACCCAUGUUGCCCCCGUCACCUAAAAAGAAACAAAAUUUGCUCAGUGCAUUUAUGUUUCGGAAACAGCGUCAGACCAAAGGGGCAAAUAAGUUAUCAGCUGUUGGAGCUGUGGAGGAAUUGUUUGAGGAAGGCUCUGCAAUGCUUGCUGAGAGGUUGGGCAAGGACUUUCCUCUAGGCCCGAACUCGGGGCUCUUUAGAUGUGCUAUAUGUCAAGUGGAUCAGCCACCGAGCGAAGGCUUGUCAGUCAACUCGGGUCCGUAUUUCUCCCCGGCUUCGAAGCCAUGGGAAGGCCCUUUCCUCUGCGCGAGUUGUCGCCAGAAGAAAGAUGCCAUGGAAGGCAAAAGGCCAAGCAGAUCUUCAAACCAGUAAACUAGUAAAUAUCUCUCUCCUUCUCUCUCUCUCUUUCUAUAUAUAUAUAUAUGUAUGUAUGUAUACAUAUAUGUAUUCUUUAUGUGAGUAGGAGUGGACACAUGUUGGUGUUUUCUUUCUUCUUUUAUAACAUUUGCUGGUGACCAUUAGGUCUCUAUGUUUGUGUGUAUAAGAAGGUUAUUGAGUAAAGAUGAUUUGUUGUAGAAA